GAGCUGAGCUGAGUUUAACUGAACCUAUACCAACAACUAGUACUUUGGAAAUGAACACGAAAAAUCGCACGGUAAUCACAGCAAACCAACAUGUUCUAAUCAGAUUACCUUCUGAAGGAACCAAGAUUGUCGAGCUUCGUCCUUCUGGAGUAGUCAGUUUGGGAAAAUUCGGAAGUUUCUUAGUCGAUGGUGUGCUCGGGUAUCCUUUUGGCCAAUCGUUUGAAAUCGUCGAAGGGCAAGAUGUGAAACCAAUUUUGAGUUUACAACAUUCAUCUGACCCCAAGGACGUCUCUGAGGAGCCAGAAGGUGAUUUGAACAAGGAAGAAUUGACAAAGAUGUUUUCCGAAAACAACCAGAAUAUAAUAGAUAUCGGGAGCAAGAUCCAGAAAUUGACCAACGACGAUAUCGAAGAGUUGAAAAAAUCCGGAGCUACUUCAUCCAUUGGUCAACACAUCAUUGAUCAGAUGAUUGCUGGUCACGAAGGGUUUGACAAAAAGACCUUGUUUUCACAACAAAAGUACCUCAGGAGGAAGCAACAAAAGUUCUUGCGGAGAUUCACUGUGGAAUACUUGGGUUCGUCUCAAAUGUUGCAGUACUAUAUCGAUAAGGAUUUGCCUAGAGUGAUCGAUCUCAGUGAAGAAAGUUUGGGAUUACUUAUGACUUAUGGAAAUGUCAGACCAGGCGGGAACUACCUCUUGAUCGACGAAACCGGUGGGGUUGUCCUCUAUGCUAUGCUUGAAAGAAUGGGUGGUGAAGGCCAGGUGGUGUUGGUGCAUGAAAACGAACAUGUCAAUAUCAUUGCCUUGCGUCAUGCAGGAUACAGUGAAGAGUACAUAAAUCGUAUGGUGAAAACCAUAGACUAUCUCCAAUUCUUGGAACCAGAAAACGAAAAGAUCAAUUGGGAAGACAAGUCGGAAGAAGAACUUGCUGAAAUGAAAUCAUCCAAGCGUGAGCAGUACGAAAAACGUAGAGAACGUGCCACUGCCAUCAACUCAGUCAUUGAAACUGUGCAAAACGGGAACUUUGAUGCAUUGAUUUCCGUAUCAACAUUACAUCAACCUACUCUACUCCCAAGAAUCCUUGACACAGUAGGAGGAUCCCGUCCAAUAGUCAUAUACAACCAAUACAAGGAACUCUUGUUGGAAACUCAACAUGUGCUCACCAAAGACAAGCGAGUAUUGGCCCCUUCAAUCUUUGAAACUAGAGUCAGGCCAUACCAAACCAUUCCUGGAAGAAUGCAUCCUUUGAUGACCAUGCGUGGUGGGGGAGGAUACAUUCUUUGGGGAACCAAGGUCAUCCCACAAGAAGGUAUUACUGCUGUUGGUAGAGGAAUUUCCAAGAGAAAGAGAGAAGAGUCGCCAGCAACCGAUGCCACCGAUUCAUAAGUACGUAUAUAUAAAAUAUUUUUUUGCAUAGUUAGAUAAAUAAACUAUGAUGCGAUCUCAUUAUACCUUUGGUUCAUACAAGUGAUCACACAUGUCCUUCAACUUUACAAAUUCAGUAUCGACAUUCCAUCCAAUAACACAUCUCACAUUAUCAUUAUAAUCACACCAUAUCCCUACUCGCCAUGCACUGUAGUCCCGCAAAUAUUCAUACACAAACUCAGCUUGUUCUUCGUAACCAAUUUCAAAUACAAAUGCUUUGGCAUGUCCGGGUAUCACUAUAUUCUGAAGAAGUUCCAAAUAAAAUUCAUAUUCACCAACAAGAGCCAACUGCGGCUCAUACAACUUGACCGAUCGUUCUAUCCCAUGCUCAAACAUUGACUUUUUAUAGUCAUGGAAUGGGAUGUAAGGUGGAUUAGAUGUAACUAAAUCAACCUUCUCCACACCUAUAUGCUCGAGGAUGUUGACAUUGAACACAUCACCAAUUUGAAAAUUUACCCCUGAACUGCCUUCAACGGAGUCCUUAUUCUCAUUUGCUAGGUUUACCGCCUCAACAGAAACGUCAAAUGCAUCUACUCGUGUCUUUACUCCCACCUUGUCCAACUCAUGUGCCAAAAGUAAGGGGAUGCAUCCUGUUCCAGUGCAUGCAUCCACAAUACCAAUCUCGUCAUUCGCAACCUCCUUAACUUUCUCACUCAAGUCUAUAACCCAAGCCUCGGUUUCCAGCCUAGGAAUCAACACGCCAGGUUUACACUUGACAGUUAUAUUUCCAAAGGGGACAUUCCCCAAUAUGUACUGUAGCGGAACAAGUCUAUCUCUGGCUUCAACAGCCUUAACCCAUUCAUUAGCAGGAAGUUCGCGCUUGAUCCAAUUGAGUUCCCGUUGGGCCGCUUCUAUGGUCCGAUUGGCUCGAAGUAGUGGUGGGAGUAAACUACUGAUGCUUUUCGCUUGUCUGAUUAGUCUCGGUGAUAGUCUUGCCAUUGUGUGUAUGUGGAGUGUGUUUUGGAAGGAGAUGAUCAUGUGGAGAAACAUCAUUGUUUUAAAAUAUAGUGGGAAAAAAAUAAACUGGUACGACUUUGAUGCUAGCAUGCGAUUUAGGGGGAGAAUUUAACCGUGAUCAAGGGGGGGGGGGUUACAUUAUUUCAUCGUGUAGUUUUUUAUUGAAUUUAGAAGUAGUAGUAUGAUUG